AUGAGUGGACCAUCUAUUCCCAGCCCUGCAACCACCCCAAUAGAAGAAGAAAGGGGAUACAGCAUCACAACACCGGAUUCAGGGCUUGAGGAGUUCUACAAUUUGCCACCUGAGGAGCAAGCACAACAUAGGGAGGAAUGGCAACAGGAACUUGUCAAGACUGAAGAGGAAAUCCACACCUUGAGGCAGGUCUUAGCUUCAAAGAUGAGGAGAGCUCAUGAACUCAAGCGGAAACUUGGCAUUACCCCUUGGAAGGAAUUCUCUGAUGAUUGGCAACAAGGGAUUCAAAACUUCCGGGAAUCACAGGCAUUUCAGAAGUCAACAGAAGCGUUGAAAACAGCCGUGGAGAAGACGUCCACAACGCUAGGAGGCCUGGGAUCUGCCAUUACUCAGAAGCUGGGUGACCUUAAGGGUUCCACAACUUUCAGAAGCUUUGAAGAAAAAGUGUCUGGUGCUGUUGGUGCAGUCAAGAGCCGUGUGACGACCAGCCGGUCCACAUCUGCCCAGGACUUUGAUACAGCUCUACAAGAGUCUGAGGAGGCUAAGCAAGAUGAUGUUGUGCUGAAUCAGGAUCAGCUGCCAGCUAGCCAACAUACAAACAAGCAGCUGCCACAGGCAAAGAAGGCAUAA